AUGUCGGAUCCCUUUUCCGUUGAUAAUGUCGAAGGAGAUGAGUCUUCGGAUGCUGGAAUCUCACCUGAAUACGGCAACCCGGGAACUGGACAGGAUGAAAAUGGACUACCACCAGAUGUUAUCUCCUUUGAUUCGCACAGUCGAAUCGGGGAAAGAGAGGCUGACAAGACGAGUAUCUUGAGAUUCCACCCUCUUUCCUUGCCACAGAGCGAGUUGCUGGUUGAUUCGGUAGGAGAUCCGCUGUCUUCGAGCAUUCAGAUACAAGCACACUUAAGAGGACGAUUCUCUCAUUCAGAAGACUCUCCUUCUGGAACUGUGGGUAUCAACAACAAGGACCAUGUUGCUGAAGGUAGUAAAGAUGCCAUUGGUUUAAUCUUCUACCGUCGGAAUAAGUUUAAGGUCUUUGGAACAGUCUCCAUUCCUGUCACACUGAACGGAAUUAAACGGCGAGAUUCACACAUCUCUAGAAUCACUAGUCUACAUGCCGAGUUAGAUGCCAUUGAGAGUCUCGAGGGAACGCCGGUGCGCGUAAUACAUUCCAACCCGAAAGAUAAAGGAAUAAAUACAUCGUCUCGGCUAGACACUACGAGCAGCCGAAGCAAUUUGAAAACAACACUAAUGGCCGAAGCACUACCCAGAGUUGACCUUCGGUUUGAUGGGAAUGGCCACAGUGAGGAGCCCCCUCGACACGAUCAUGCAAUGUCCGUUCCAGUCUGCUGGGAAAAACUACAGUUCCGUCAUGCUACUGCAAAGAAGCGCGGCACGUGGCAAUAUUUCUAUCUGCGUCUGACGGUAACAGCAACGCUGGAAGAUGGAAAAAGUCAUAUUCUUAGCCGGACUCAAAGCUCAGCAAUCACUGUGCGCGGAAGAUCUCCUCAGAGCUUCCCGAGCCACACAAGCAAGGUCAAUAAAACUAGGCCUAAUAACGGACGAGGACAGGGUAUGAGUAAUUUCGCGAAGACAGACCCUAUACUGCCAAAUAUGCAGGAUCAUGGGAAAGAAACCACUUGGAGAAACAGUCCCCUGGAUUUCGCUUCUAUAGACUGCCAAACUACUCUUGAUGUUGCCCCAGAAAAUUUGUUGUUCUACGACUUCUCGGACCUGGGUGUCUGGAACAAUAAUAACUUGCGGUGGCGGGACAGUGAAGCUCAGAAUACCGAGGUUCACGAAUAUCUUGACGGCGUUGAUGCGCCCAUAUCCCCAGUUAACGCUUCCGCCAACAGCAAUCACCCUACUGGCAGCCACGAUCUCGGUUAUAGCAAUAGCCUAUUCGUUCCCUCACUAGAUACUCACCUUCUUCCAAGCAUACCUAAUCUUGACUCGAUAUUUAACUUGCCACAUUCUCUAUCGUCACUAUCAGCGGACUACUCCAACAUACCCGACAUGCCCAGCGCUCAUUCAACCUCGUUCACAUCGUUUCCCCCAAAAACUGGCCUAGAGAACAAUGGUACUAUAUCAACUGCCACAUGCUUUGCCAUUAAAGAUAGCAGUGGUCAAAAUAUGCCCAAAUCUGAAAAUCCCGAAAGCGAAACCGACGAAACCGACGACGAACGCAGGACGUAUUCCUAUGAAUAUAUCCCACUGUCCAUCAAUGACUGGACAGUCCCUGUUGAAGCUGUAUAUCGGCCACAUGGAGUACAUGCUAGGAAAGUACAAAAUGUUGAGAAGUCUAUUACCAAAAAACGAUACUUCCUCUCGGUGAAAUAA